AUGACGACCGAAAGUUUCCGGAAGGACGUUGCCAAGAAGUUGCCGUGGCCUGAGCCAAUCAAAGCUGGCCGCUGGCAGGAUGCCAAGAUCGACUUCCCCAACGACCUCACCUCUUCAGAUAGGAAGUACAUCCACAAGAUUGCCGAGUCUUUCCGCUUGCAUACCUUGUCCAGCGGCACAGGGGAUGCACGCUACAUCUCAGUGUACAAGAAUCCGCCGGCAGGCCAGGAAGCAAAGCGGCCCCCAAGGGAGACCGGCGCGGGAGUACUGAAUCUCUCGCCGGCCGCUGCACAGCGGCUGCAGCACGUGGCCUCGACGGUGCCCAAUGUGCCGGGCAGGGUACUGCUGGCCAAGGCGCGGACCAUCUGGUUGCAAGAUGACGAGACGGUGCAAAUCAUCGAUCAAAGGCAUUUGCCCCAUGAGUUCGUCGUGGAGGACAUCAAGUCCGUGCAGGAGAUGUGCGUCGCCAUCAAGGACAUGCAUUUGCGCGGUGCUGGUCUUAUAGGCUGCGCCGCGGCAUACGGCAUGUACCUCAGCGCCCGUGCUGCCUGCGCUGCUGGUGAUGCACAGUUGCCAGGCUCGGACGCGGCGCGGCUGAGGGACACUCGCCCCACCGCGGUGAAUUUGCGCGUGGGGGUGGAGCGGGAUGCGGAGUUCUGCCAGCGCAUCGGCGAAGCUGGCGCUGACAUCCUCCAGGAGAUCUCUGUGAGAAAGGGUGGCACCGUUAACGUCUUGACGCACUGCAAUGCAGGCUGGCUCGCCUUUGCCGACUGGGGUUCCGCACUCUCACCGGUCUAUGUGGCGUUCAAUCGGGGGCUUGCGCUUCACGUGUGGGUGGACGAAACGAGGCCCCGCAAUCAGGGAGCGUCCUUGACUGCGUGGGAGCUGGCCAAGCACGGUGUGCCUCACACGGUCAUCGCCGACAAUGCCGGCGGCCACUUGAUGAGGACCUCGCAGGUGGACGUGGUGAUCACCGGCGCGGACCGGGUGACUUCCACGGGGGACGCCUGCAACAAGAUCGGGACCUACCUGAAGGCCCUGGCGGCAAGGGACAACAGCCUGCCGUUUUACGUGGCGCUGCCUUCCAGCACCAUCGACUGGCAGCUCAAGGAUGGCGCAGACAUCCCAAUCGAGCAGCGAGGAGAUGAGGAAGUGAAGUACGCAGAGGGCCUCUGCGACGAUGGCAAGCGACGGAAGGUGCUGCUGACGCCCAAGGAGAGCAGCGCUGGAAACUGGGCCUUCGACGUGACGCCCGCCCGCCUGGUCACCGGCCUGCUCACCGAGCGGGGCCUUUGCGAUGCAUCGGAGGAGGGCCUCAAGAAGCUCUUCGCCUAG